CCCAACAGCCAAAGAAACUAAUGUAGUCCUCUUUGCCAGCAUUUGAGUUUUCAAAACUAUGCCUCGAAGCAUCUUACUAACGUUGCUGGAGUUCGGAAAGUGGGAAAAGUGAGCAGGUAAAAUUAAGAAGUAAUCGGUGAAGUUUUUCGGCGUUCCCGUGCAGGAGCGCAUUGAGCCAUAAUGGCGAGCCGCGCGCGGGUAGGAUCCGUGAUUUUACCACGAUUCUCCUUCGCGGCAUGGAACACACAUUCCCGAACGUACUGGAAUAACUUAAAGAUUUCAAGGUGGAUUCUGCUUGCCCUGUUGGUGUUUGUUUGCGGUGGAUUUUGUGGUGCAGAUAGUGAGUUUUCUAUCAUAGAAGAGGCUCAAGUUUUAGCUGUGCAGAUGAAGAAGCUGUCUACUCAGGAGCUCGGCGUUCUCACCAUGCAGAGAAUCUUCAAUUCCUUUGUGUAUACAGAGAAGACUUCAAAUGGUGAAACAGAGGUACAGCAGCUGGCAAAAAAGAUCCGGGAGAAGUUUAACCGGUACCUGGAUGUAGUUAACAGAAACAAGCAGGUGGUGGAAGCAUCUUACACGGCCCACCUUACCUCCCCUCUUACAGCCAUCCAGGACUGCUGCACCAUCCCUCCCUCCAUGAUGGAAUUUGAUGGUAAUUUUAACGCCAAUGUUUCGAAGACCAUCAGCUGUGAUCGCCUCUCCCCGACAGUCAACAGCCGAGCUUUCAACCCUGGACGAGACCUCAACUCUGUGCUGGCAGACAACUUGAAGUCCAAUCCAGGGAUCAAGUGGCAGUAUUUCAGCUCAGAAGAGGGCAUCUUCACUGUGUUUCCUGCUCACAAGUUCCAUUGCAUGGGCACAUAUGAGCACAGGAGCAGGCCUGUGUAUGUUUCAGCAGUGAGGCCGCAGUCCAAGCAUAUAGUAGUGAUCAUAGACCAUGGUGCCUCUGUCACUGAGACCCAGCUCCAGAUCGCCCGUGACGCUACACUUAUCAUCCUCAACUCCAUCGAUGAGCAUGAUAAGAUCUCUGUGUUGACAAUAGCAGACGCUGUACGUUCCUGCUCUCUGGAUCCGUGCUAUAAAAGUUUCCUCUCACCUGCUACCAGUGAGACUAAGAGGAAGAUGAGCACCUUCAUCAACAAUGUGAAAGCUUCUGACAGCCCUACCCAACAUGCACUGGGCUUCCAGAAAGCCUUUCAGCUGUUGAGGAACACAAGUAUCAUCUUCAGACAGCUAACUAACACCGACAUGGUUAUCAUCUACCUGUCGUCAGGCAUUACCUCUCGAGACUCAUCGGAGCAUGAAAAGAGAGCAACCCUGAACAUCGUCAAAGAGGAGAACCGCCACCUCAACAACACUGUCAUGAUCCUCACCUACGCUCUCAUGAAUGACGGAGUAACUGGACUCAAGGAGUUGGCCUUCUUACGUGACCUCGCUGAGCAGAACUCCAUGAAAUACGGUGUUUCGGAUCGUUCUGCCCUGCCUGUCGUGAAGGGCAGUAUGAUGGUCCUGAACCAGCUCAGUAACCUGGAGACUACCGUGGGCCGCUUCUACAUCAACCUCCCCAACCGAAUGAUCGACGUGGCCUCCUUCAGCCUGCCUUACGCAGACCAGAUGGGAGACGGUUUUAUCAUGACCGUCAGUCGCCCCUGCUACUUCGGGAACCUGUUGCUUGGUGUAGUUGGAGUGGAUGUGAGUCUGGCAUACUUACUGGAGGACGUCACAUACUAUCAGGACUCCUUAGCCACAUAUACAUUCCUCAUAGACAAUAAAGGAUACACCCUCAUGCAUCCAUCACUCACCCGUCCCUACCUGAUGACUGAAGCUCCGCUUCACACAGACAUCAUUCACUAUGAGAACAUCCCAGGGUUUGCAGCUGUGCGUCAAAACAUCCUCAGUCUACCUCUGGGGAGUCAGGUCAUUGCUGUGCCUGUCAACUCUUCUCUGUCAUGGCACAUGAACCGGCUGCGUAAUCCCAGUCGAGAUGCCUACAAUGUCAGCUAUGCCUGGAAACUGGUCCAGGACACCUCAUUCAUCCUUGGCAUAGUGUAUGUUCAACCAGAGAUCCCAGCGAAACAGCUGAAGAAUCUGAACACAGGCCCCAGCAGCAAGCUCUUGUACCACCGGCUGGAUCUGCUGGGACAGCCCAGUUCCUGCCUUCACUUUAAACAGCUUGCUACAGUUGAGAGUCCCACUGUGAUGCUGUCUGCUGGUAGUUUCUCCUCUCCAUAUGAGCACUUAAGUCAGCCAGAGACCAAGCGCAUGGUGGAGCACUACACUGCUUACCUGAGUGACAACACUCGUCUCAUAGCCAACCCAGGCCUAAAGUCUUCUGUGAGGAAUGAGGUGAUGGCCACCAGUCACGUGACGGAUGAAUGGAUGAGUCUUAUGGAGAUGAGCAGCCUGAACUGCUACAUUGUGAGGCGUUACAUAGCAACGCCCAAUGGGGUGCUGCGGAUUUACCCUGGUUCACUCAUGGACAAAGCCUUCGACCCCACCAGGAGGCGAUGGUACCUGCAUGCUGUCGCCAAUCCUGGUCUCAUCACUUUUACGGGACCUUACCUGGAUGUUGGUGGGGCGGGCUAUGUGGUCACCAUUAGUCACACCAUACAUGCCUCUAGCUCUCAGGUGGCUUCAGGUUUUACAGUAGCAGUUAUGGGCAUUGACUUCACUCUGCGCUACUUUUACAAAGUUCUGUUGGAUCUUCUGCCCAUCUGCAACCAAGACAAGGGCAACAAAAUCCGGUGUUUUAUCAUGGAGGACAGAGGAUAUUUAGUGGCCCAUCCAACCCUGAUUGAUCCCAAGGGCCAUGCUCCAGCAGAACAGCAACAUAUCACCCAUAAGGAGCCUCUAGUGGCCAAUGACAUUCUCAACCACCCCAACUUUGUGAAGAAGAACCUGUGCAACAGUUUCAGUGAUCGCACUGUGCAACGCUUCUACAAGUUCAACACCAGCAUUGUGGGUGAUCUGACAAACCUAGUGCAUGGCAGUCACUGCUCAAAGUACCGGCUCACCCGUAUCCCAGGAACCAAUGCGUUUGCUGGUAUUGUGAACGAGACCUGUGAUUCGCUGGCAUUCUGUGCUUGCAGUACUGUGGAUCGCCUCUGUCUCAACUGCCACAGAAUGGAGCAGAAUGAAUGCGAGUGCCCCUGUGAGUGCCCUCUAGAGGUGAACGAGUGUACUGGCAACCUCACAAACGCUGAGAACAGAAACCCAAGCUGUGAUGUGCACCAGGAGCCUUUGUCUUUGACUGUAAUUGAGCCCAGUCUACAGGACACACUGCCUCAGUGUAUCAACACCAGAUGCAGUCAGCGCUUCACUAGCAGUGAUUGUUUUGGUGUUCUGGACUGUGAAUGGUGUAUGGUGGACAGCGAUGGAAAGACCCACCUAGAUAAGCCCUACUGUGCCCUGCAAAAAGAGUGUUUUGGAGGUAUAGUGGGUGCCAAGAGUCCUUAUGUGGAUGGAUUGGGUCUUUUAGAUGAGGAGGUGGCUUCACUGAAUAUGAUCAAGAGUGCUCCUGUGGGGCCAGUGGCAGGUGGCAUUAUGGGAUGCAUCAUGGUGCUAGUGUUGGCUGUGUAUGCGUACAGGCACCAGAUCCACCAUCGCAGCCAUCAGCAUAUGUCCCCUCUGGCCACACAGGAGAUGUCUGUGCGGAUGUCUAACUUGGAAAACGAUCGAGAUGAUAGAGAUGAAGACGGUCACGAAGACAGAGGAAUAAUUAGUAACACACGAUUCAUUGCUGCUGUUAUUGAAAGGCACACACACAGUCCAGAACGUAGGCGGAGAUACUGGGGCCGGUCAGGUACUGAAAGUGACCAUGGCUAUAGCACCAUGAGCCCUCAAGAGGACAGCGAGAACCCACCCUGCAACAACGAUCCUCUUUCAGCAGGCGUUGAUGUGGGCAACCACGAUGAGGACCUUGACCUGGACACUCCUCCGCAGACAGCUGCUCUUCUCAGCCACAAGUUUCACCCCUAUCGACACCCCCACACACACCACCCUCUGCAUUUGCACACGCACCAUCUCCAAGCGGCCGUCACAGUACACAGCGUGGAUGUUGAGUGCUGAUCCUGCCCACGUGUAACCCCAAACUGCCAACCCGGACUUUUGAAGCCACUGAUCACCAGUCCUUGAUCAUCACCCACCAUCAGCCCUCCAACCAGGCCCUGCAUCCUCCCAAUAGGAGAGAACAGAACUUCGCCCUUCCCAGGGCAUCUGCUGGUGGAGCAGUUGUUUUGUUCUAGCUGACCUAAUGAGGGGGCCAAACAGUUGGCCUCUUUAGAGGUAAUUAGGGUGUGGACUGAGCAGGUGCAUACAAAGCUCCUCGUUUUUCUUUUUUUUUGUUCAAGGAAACAAUGAAGAUAAAAUGAUUAUUUUUCUACUAUUUAUUUAACUAGAGUUGUGAUGGAGCAAUGAAUGGAAAAAAAUUAUAUUGACUGACUUAAUUUGUCAGCUUUUCUAACUUCUAAGUUCAUUUUCGGGUCUGGCUAUGGUUUCUCCAGCUUUGAAGGAUUCAAUUCAUGGAACAUUUGAGUCAUUCACAUGCCAUGAGCAUUUCUUGUGGGAGAGUAAACAAAGUCUUUCAAGCAACAAUUGACAUGAAUGCCUGUGCUGCACAUCAGAAUCCAGCCAUCUGCAAGCAGAGUAUUGGAAAUGUGAUGGUUUUCAUUUGUGAGUGUGCGAAAAGAUGGCUAAUCUCCACACUGUACAGUGUGACAAAGGUGUAGUGUUCCACAUGGGUUUAGCCUUCAAACCCACUGCCAGAUAGUUGGAAAUAUUUUAAAGAUGACUGAGAGACUGCUCAGUCCUACCACUGUGUGUAUAAGCUCUUGUUGUAUUUCUGUCUGCCCAAAUAUUUUACACUUGUUGUGAGAGAGAGAUAGAAAAACAGAGUGUUGGUGCUUGUGUACGUAAUUGUGUGUGAAUGUGUGAUGGUACAGAUGCAUCAUCUCCAUUAAUGCUGUCAUUUUUUGUAAGUCAUUAGUCAGUAUUGAUGGAACACCAUGAUAUUUUUCAAAUCCUUCUAGACCAUGUGCACUUUUGUUCAACUGCCUGUCUACUAAAAUGUAGAUGUUGUGCUCCUAUGAUUUUAGAGGGAUUGUGUCUAUUGUUUUCUAAAUGAAAUGAUAUAUCAUGUAUAUACAUCUAAAGUUUAACAAAGUAGCUAUAAAUGUGUCAUACACUUCAAAAAUGUUAUCCUUGUCAGAAGUGUUUUAUUGUGUCAUCGAUGUUUAAGUUCUGUACAGCAUUUUUCAAUCAUUCUGCAAAUGAUCUGCAAUUAGAGCAUUAGAAUGGGGAUAAAGAGCCAACAAAUGAUAACAUUUGGAUUUUGUUUUCAAAUUAAUAUUUUAUGUUUAAGUAAUGCCCAAAAUAACUAGUCAUAUGCAUGUCAAACACAUGCUAUCAGAGCAAAACAACAUUGGUAUUUCAUUUCUGUCCAGCCAUAUACACAGGAUGUUUCAGCUCCAAUCUCAGUUCUGUUGCAGUGGCAGUUAUCUAACUUAGAUGUUUUCCAACUGUUUUAACCAAGUAUAAUUGAGCAUGCUGAAUUACACUAAUCACAUUUUGCAGUGCAUCCGGAAAGUAUUCACAGUGCUUCACUUUUUCCACAUUUUGUUAUGUUACAGCCUUAUUCCAAAAUGGAUUAAAUUCAUUAUUUUCCUCAAAAUUCUACUAGCAUUACCCCAUAUUGACAAUGUGAAAGGAGUUUGUUUGAAAUCUUUGCAAAUGUAUAAAAAAUGAAAAAAUCACAUGUACAUAAGUAUUCACAGCCUUUGCCAUGACACUCAAAAUGUUGCUCAGGUGCAUCCUGUUUCCACUGAUCAUCCUUGAUAGUUUCUACAACUUGAUUAGAGUCCACCUGUGGUAAAUUCAGUUGAUUGAACAUGAUUUGGAAAGGCACACACCAGUCUAUAUAAGGUCCCACAGUUAUCAGUGCAUGUCAGAGCACAAAUCAAGCCAUGAAGUCCAUGGAAAUGUCUGUAGACCUCUGAGACAGGAUUGUAUCGAGGCACAGAUCUGGGGAAGGGUACAGAAAUAUUUCUGCAGCAUUGAAGGUCCCAAUGAGCACAGUGGGCCUCCAUCAUCUGUAAAUAGAAGUUUAGAACCACCAGGACUCUUCAUAAAGCUGGCCGCCCGGCCAAACUGAGAGAUCGGGGGAGAAGGGCCUUAGUCAGGGAGGUGACCAAGAACCCGAUGGUAACUCUGACAGAGCUCCAGCAUUUCUCUGUGGAGAGAGGAGAACAUUCCAGAAGAACAACCAUCUCUGCAGCACUCCACCAAUCAGGCCUGUAUGGUAGAGUGGCCAGACGGAAGCCACUCCUCAGUAAAAGUUUUGCCAAAAAGGCACCUGAAGGACUUUCAGACCAUGAGAAACAAAAUUCUCUGUUCUGAUGAAACAAAAAUUGAACUCUUUGGCCUGAAUGGCAAGCGUCAUGUCUGGAGGAAACCAGGCACCGCUCAUCACCUGGCCAAUACCAUCCCUACAGCGAAGCACAGUGGUGGCAGGAUCAUGCUGUGGGGAUGUUUUUCAGUGGCAGGAACUGGGAGACUAGUCAGGAUCGAGGGAAAGAUGAAUGCAGCAAUGUACAGAGACAUCCUUGAUGAAAACCUGCUCCAGAGCGCUCUGGACCUCAGACUGGGGCGAAGGAUCAUCUUCCAACAAGACAACGACCCUAUGCACACAGACAAGAUAACAAAGGAGUGGCUACAGGCCAACUCUGUGAAUGUCCUUGAGUGGCCCAGCCAGAGCCCUGACUUGAACCCGAUUGAACAUCUCUGGAGAGAUCUGAAAAUGGCUGUGCACUGACGCUCCCCAUCCAACCUGAUGGAGCUUGAGAGGUCCUGCAAAGAAGAAUGGGAGAAACUGCUCAAAAAUAGGUGUGCCAAACAUGUAGCAUCAUACUCCAAAAAACUUGAGGCUGUAAUUGGUGCCAAAGGUGCUUCAACAAAGUAUUGAGCAAAGGCUGUGAAUACUUAUGUACAUUUGAUUUCUUUUUGGUUUUUAAUUUUUAUAAAUUUGCAAAGAUUUCAAACAAACUUCUUUCACAUUGUCAUUAUGGGGUAUUGUUUGUAGAA